AUGUCAACGAGUGGUGAUAAGAAAAAAGCCUCAGGUAUUUCAAUAAAUAUGGCCACCGCGAAGCGCGAAGAAUUGAUAGAUUUUAUACACGCGUGUUCGGAGCGUAUUCGUAUAUUAAAGCAGAAGAACUCUGAACUCCAAGUUGAUGCCAAAACACAAACAGAGGAGCGUGAGUUAUCUGAGAUUCGCGCAAACGAUUUAGAACGUAAAAUUGAAGCGAUUAAAAAGGUUCACGACGACAAAGUAUCUGAGAUGUCUGACAAACUCGAGCAAGUGAAAGAACAACUUAGUAUGGCAACCCCCGACAUCCCUUCGAUAUUAAAAUUAUUAGACGACACUUUGGAUUGUGCUGAUGGCGAAGACUCCUCCGAUAAAGAGGACGAAGUGGUCAAAACUAUUCGAAGUGAAGAGACAAAACGCGUGUUAGAAGCAAAUGAUAUGAAAUGGAAGACUGAGAUGUUGGACCAAAAAGAAACGCAAGAGACUGAAUUUAAGAAACAAAAGGAAUCAUUAGUCUCUAAAUAUGAAGAAGAGAAAAAAGAACUCACUUCAAAGAUCGACGAAAAGACUAAACAACUUCUUAAAGCAGAUGAAGAUCUUAAAGCGGCAAAUCAAAUAUUUUCUGAAUAUAAAGCUCGAACAUGCAAAACAUUCGAGUCGGGAAAGGAUUUCAGAAAGGAACACGAAAAGUGUGACGAAGUCAUUUUUAAACUGAAAGCUGAAGUCGAAAAGCUGAAAUAUGAAAAUGAAAGACUUCUUGAAGAACUUAAACUAAAGAAAAACUAA